UUAGAAUUUACGUAGGCAACUUUCUUUUGCUUGGAAAGCCACAUUCUUUGUGAGCCGGUUUUUUUGUAAACUGUUCACAUAACGAUUUUCGAGUCUCUUAAUUAAAAAAGCAAUAUAUCUCCUUUUUUAAAAAAACUUGUUCUUUCUUAAUUAGAUUUUUUAAAUCAUGUCUUCUUACAGAGUGAACGCGAGCUCCUCACGUACGAUUUGCAGGUUUUUUGCUAACGGACAUUGUAGAAAUGGGCCAAAUUGCCAUUACUUGCACACACGAGAAGGAAACAGUCCACGCAAUAGAAAUAGCGAUGGCGAUGAACAAAACAGCUAUAAUACUGGAGGAAGUUCUUCUUCGACGUUACACAAGUCGAAUUCUAAUUCGAACUAUCGUAGAUCAAAUAAUAGUAAUAAUAGAGUUCCACCCGAAAGUUUACUUGUUUGCAAGUAUUUCUUGGAAGAUCGUUGUAUGUUUGGAGAUUCAUGCUGGUAUAAACAUGAAAAAUCUAAUAACACUAAAGGAAUUGAUACCGUUGAUAGUAAUGAAAAUGACUUAAAAAGUCAAAAAGACAAACAAAAAGCAAAGGAGGUUGUUGUCGAAGACGAAUAUACGUGCGCUAUUUGUUAUGAUACUCCUAAAACGUUUGGGUUGCUUAUACAUUGCGAUCAUAUAUUUUGUCGAGAUUGUAUACAAGUAUGGCGUAAAACAAGCAACGUUUCAAGCCCUUUUCAAGAUGUUGAUACCACUAAAACAUGUCCCGUAUGCAGAAAAAAUUCUCCAUAUGUUGUUCCAUCUAGUCGUUUUGCUAAAGCUGGGCCUCAAAAAGAGCAAAUCAUUUCAACAUACAAGGAAAAAAUAUCUCAAAUCCCUUGUAAAUAUUUUGAAGGGAGUGGAAAAUGUCCUUUCGCUGAUGAGUGUUUUUACCAGCAUGCUAAUCCUGAUGGAUCAAGAUGUAAGUUAGGACCUCCUAAAAAAAAAAAGCCAAGAUCAUUUAUUAGAUAUUUUUCCGCUGACGGAGAUUUAGAUUUAUCCGCUAUCUCUGAAAUUAUCGAUGGAUUUCAGUUUAAUAUUGCUGAUUGGGACGAUGAAGAUGAAGGUUCUUGGGACGAUGACGACGAUGAUGAGGAAAUCUAUUUCCAACAUCAUGGUUCAACAGAUUGGGCUUCAAAUUCAAAUGGGUGGAGUUGGGGGAUUGAAACAAACAAUGUAAUAGAACACGAUGAAGAUUGCCCACCGGAUUGGCGCAACAUUUAUUGAACUCUGCAAGAGUCAACAAAUGUUUAUUAUCUUGCACUAAUCUUAAGAUUAUAUAAACCGUAUAAACCGGCAAUAUGCGGGUAUAGUUUUAUCUUUUUUUUCUUCUUUUCUUCUUAUAUAGUAUAAAUAAAUUAUUAUGAAUAAAAUUCUUUCUUUUCAUUGUUAAUAAAAAUGGAUAUUUAUUAUAUUUAAUAUUUUCUAAAUAA